AUGCAGCUCCAUGCUGCAUUUGAAGAAACAGAAAUCCUAGACAAGGAAGAAGUCUCCCCUGUGAUGGGCUCUCUCUUCAACCACACAUUACUGAACACAGCUACUUUCAUUCUUCUGGGUGUCCCAGGGCUAGAGGCAGCCCACCUUUGGCUGGCAGUUCCAUUGAGUGCCAUGUACUCCAUAGCUUUAUUAGGAAAUAUUAUCAUUGUGACUGUGAUCUGGACAGACAGUGCCCUACAUGAGCCUAUGUAUCACUUCUUAUGUAUCCUGGCUGCUGUGGACAUUGUCAUGUCAACCUCAGUGACCCCCAAGAUAUUGACUAUUUUCUGGUCAGGCAAUGGCAUUAUUGGCUUUGCUGCUUGUUUCAUUCAGAUGUACAUUGUCCAUGCCAGCACAGCUGUAGAAACAGGGUUGCUCCUAGCUAUGGCUUUUGAUCGUUAUAUAGCCAUCUGUAAACCUCUGCACUACCAAACCAUCCUCACACCAAGGACUAUGAUAGGGAUGGGCAUGGGCAUCAUAGCAAGAGCUAUCACAGCUGUGACACCAAUGACCUGGAUGGUGGUCCAUCUGCCAUAUUGUGCCUCCCAUGAAAUUCCCCAUUCCUAUUGUGAACACAUGGCUGUGGCCAAGCUGGCAUGUGCUGACUAUAUGCCCAGCAGUCUUUAUAGCUUGAUCGUUUCUUUCAUCGUUGUGGGGAUUGAUGUGACCUUCAUUGCUACCUCCUACAGUCUGAUCCUCCGGGCUGUGUUCAGUCUCCCCUCUAGAGAUGCACGGGUCAAAGCCCUCAGCACAUGUGGUUCACAUGUGAGUGUCAUGGUCCUUUACUACUUACCAGCCAUGGUGUCCAUCUAUAUGGCUUGGCUAGGAGAGGACAUUGUGCCCUUACAUACUCAGGUUCUGCUGGCUGAUUUCUAUCUAGUGAUCCCUCCUAUGCUAAAUCCUCUUAUCUAUGGCCUGAAGACAAAGCGUAUUAGAGAGCGAGUAUGGAAUGCCAUGGCCAACAGCCUUCCUGAUCAUAUAUGCCAUAAUUCAGCAAAAGAUAAAAGACCUAUUCGAGUGUUUGUUAUGGAACACAGUGAAUCCACAUGGGGAGUGCAGGCUCAGAAAUAA